GAACCAUUGAGGACCGGGAGCUUCAGUGCAGAGGUAUGACUGGUCAUCAUGCAUAGAUCACUCUGUUUGUUUAAAAGAGCUUACCAGGGCUUUGGUAGAGCAGCAGAUGAACAGGGAGAACCUGGUGUAUAGAACUGGUCAGGCGUCCUGCACAUGUCUGUCUGAGGCUUUACCACAAGGUUCAUUGAACUGUGUUGUUCUGUAGUUACUGGUCAGGGGACCAGUAUGGGCCAUUCACUGGGAGCUUCAAGGCAGGGUGGGAUUUCUUGGUGUAGGCAUAAAAAAUGUUUUGGUCAAGAAUUAACUUCAUUAUUUAUAUGUUCAGUUAAUAUCUCCCUCUGUAUCCCUCUCUCCUAUCUCUCUCUCUCCAUUUCAGCACUGAGACAGAAGGACAUAAUGGCUCUGACCAACCCAAUGAACCCUGUGAACCCCAUGCCCAUGGGCCCAUGGAAGAUCACAGUGUACGACCAGGAGUACUUCCAGGGAAAGCGUGUGGAGUUCACCGCCUGCUGCCAGAACAUCAUGGAGUGUGGCAUGGAGAACAUCCGCUCCCUGAAGAUCGAGUGUGGAGCCUGGGUUGGGUAUGAGCACUCCAGUUUCUGUGGCCAGCAGUUUGUCCUGGAGAAGGGAGACUACCCCCGUUUUGAGGCCUACAGCGGCAGCAACUCCUACCGUAUCGAGAGGAUGAUCUCGUUCAGACCCAUCUGCUCCGCUAGCCACAAGGAGUCCCGUAUGACCAUCUAUGAGAAGGAGAACAUGAUUGGUCGCCAGUUUGAGAUGUGUGAUGACUACCCCUCCCUGCAGGCCAUGGGCUGGUUCAACAACGAGGUUGGAUCCAUGCACAUCCAGAGCGGAGCCUUCGUGUGCUACCAGUUCCCCGGCUACCGUGGCCACCAGUACAUCAUGGAGUGUGACUGCCACGGAGGAGAGUACAAGUGUUACCGUGAGUUUGGCUCCCACGCCCAGACCCCUCAGAUCCAGUCCAUCAGGAGGAUUCAGCACUGAGCAGGAAACACCUUCUUCAUCCCUCCUCCACUCCUCCUCUUCUUCUACUUCCUACUCCUCAUCCCUCUCUUCUCUCCCCUCUCCUACUACUCCACCUUCUCUCCCUCGCCCAUCCUGGUUCCGCUGGUCCAGCUAGUCCAGGCAGGAUUGCGGGCCGGGCCUCAGGUGCUUACCGGCGAAGUCACAUGUUCACGGCACUUAUUUUUUUAAACCAUCAUGAAAAACCAAAGGAAGAACGAAUUGAAAGACAGAGGGAAUGACAGAGAUGAGAGAAAGAGUAAUGAAUCCUCGACACCUCCCGGAGGCUGGAACGCCAAACCUUUUUUGCUCCUCUUCGUCCACGACAUCAUCAUUAUCAUCAGCUUCUUCUUCAUCAUCAUCAUCACUAUUGCCUGUCACUGUAGUUGUGAUGGUAAAACAUUGUAUGAG